AUGUCGAUUCCUGGUUUAGACCUCUCGAAGAUACCCCUCCUCGUGAAUCCUAAUGGCUCACCACCGGACUUUGAAAAUGGGACGUCCCUUAGUCCUCUAAUAUACGGCGUUUCCAUCCCGUUGAUAACAAUUUCUUUUCUCUUUGUAGGUAUGCGAAUGUAUACCAACUUCAAGAUGUACUCAGGACUCCGCGUUGAUGACUACUUCUGCGCCCUGGCCUGGAUUCUGACAACCGUUCAUGGGGUAGUAAUCAUGACGUAUGAAACCGCACGACACGCAUGGGACGUCCCCAUCAGCGCCAUUAACGCCGUCUGGCUCAAGCGCGCCGCUGUCCUUUGCAUGAUCUACGGUCCCGCAAUGUGGUGUGCUAAAACUUCCAUAUUCGCCAUGUACCUUCGACUCUUCGGCAACAUCACCUGGAUGCGCUGUUGCUGCUGGUUUGGCAUUAUCUUCUUUGGCUUCGUGUAUUGGAGUAAUAUCCCCGUCUAUGCGAUAUACACGUUUCCGCAUAAAGGUGAGAGCUGGGAUUUUACGUUCGCGGAGAGGAUGCAGAAGGGUGUGCAGAUCCCGACAAUUGUGACGGCAAGCUUCAAUGUGGCAGGGGAUGUUUACUGUGUCAUGUUGCCGAUGCCAGUGGUGUUUGGUUUGAAUUUGGGGUGGAGGAAGAAGCUGGGACUGGCGCUGGUGUUUUUGGCUGGUGUGGUGGGGCUGGUUAGCAAUGCCCUCGCGCUGGUCUACCGCAUAUACAUGCGCCAGCAACGAGAUGCGGAUUCGACAUGGUACUCUUCACUAGCUCUUCUGACCGUGUACGUUUCCCCCACCCCCUUUUUCACCUUCUCACCCUCAUCGCGCGCACUGACAACACCCAGCCUCUUUCCACUUAUAAGAUUAUGCUUAAAACCUCGCCCAUUCUAUCUUCGGUCAAAACCCUCCUUUCCACAAAGACAUCAACCUUCAGAACCCGUCCUUCAACGUCGGGGUCGCAAAAAGUGCAUCUGA